AUGGGGCGAUUCAACCAAUUAUCUGUUCAUUUGGAGGAUAAGAUGCCGGAAAUCUGCAUUGCAGCUUUUGAAUUGGGUUUGAAGCCUGGAGGCUUAAACAGCAAUUUAAGUAGGAAACCUGUGGAGACAAUGGCGCAUUUACGUGAAAGAGUUCAAGGGUACAUCAGGGAGGAGCAGAGCGACCGGGUAAAAAACAACCGCCCAAAUGCAGCGGUUACGGGGCAAAAACAGCAGUUUGAGGCGAAGAAGGGAGCAGUUACGGAUCAACAUUCGAAGGGAUGGAUUGAACGUGGAGAUACAGGAUAUAAUAAUCGAAACUGUUAUGACAGUCGAUUUGAUAACCGUUCUCAUUUCAAGAAUCGUGCUCAACCGUAUGGAGUGCGUGGGCCAGGGCAUUCGAUGAUGUGGACUCAGAAUCAAAAUGAUCGUGUUGCACCUUUGGCGGUUAAUUUAACCGAUGCUUUGCACACGUGUUUGGAGGCGAACGUUAUCCGUUUUCCUCGGCAACCAAAGCCGUCAACAGGUUAUGUGGAUAAGACGAAGUGGUGUGAAUAUCAUAAGAUUUCGGGACACAAUACUGAUGAUUGUUUUACUUUGAAGAAAGAGAUAGAUAAAUUGGUGAAGGCUGGAUGUAUGAAACAACUUGAAGGGCAAAACAAUUCAGAUGAGGCAGGAACUUCAACAAAGCGAACAGAAGAUGGAAAGGAAGUUGAGAGUGAUGGUCAAAACAGACAAUCAGAAGGGAAAGCGAAGGGACGAAUUCAAUCUAUCUUUGGUGGAUUCCGAGGUGGUGGAAUAACUAAUUCAGCUCGAAAGAGGUAUGUUCAUUCAAUCAAUGUUGUUUAUUCUAAUGAUUGGGGAAGUUGGGCAACCAACCAGCCAGAUAUUACUUUUACCGUGCGAGAUUUUGAGGGAGUUCAGCCUCAUGAGGACGAUCUAAUUGUGGUGAUGCUGAUGAUCGCUGAAUAUGAAAUUGAGAGGGUACUGUUGGAUCAAGGGAGUUCAGCGGAUUUAAUUUAUGGAGAUGCUUUUGAAAAAUUGGGGCUGACAGAAUCUGAUUUGCAACCUUAUGAUGGAUCUUUGGUGGGUUUUUCUGGCGAAAAGGUGUUUGUCAGAGGUUAUGUGGAGUUGAGCACUAUUUUUGGAGAAGGAAAAAAUGUGGAGACAUUUGCUAUUAAGUUUCUAGUGGUAAAAUGUACUUCACUAUACAAUGUGCUUAUUGGGAGGCCUUCAUUGAAUAGAUUGGGGGCGAUCAUUUCUACCAGACAUUUGACAGUCAAGUAUCCGUUGAGCAAGGGAGGAGUUGGAGUCUUAAAGGCUGACCAAAUCGUAGCCAGAAAAUGUUACUCUGAAAGCUUCAAACAAUAUGGUCAUAUGGGAAAGAAAGCUGUGAAAGAGGGACAUCGGGUUUAUGAGAUUGAAAUGAAUCAAGGCGAAGCAAGUUUGGAUCCUCGUGAUGGAUUUAUAGAUGCAAAGCUAUUAUUGAAACGCAGAGUCCCACCUCAGUGA